AUGGUUGACUGUAGUAAAUGUAGACUCAAGUGCUCAGAAAACUUUCCUCAAGAACUGAGAGUUAGGUUAUGCCAAGCAUAUUGGAAACUUUCUCUCACAAGACAACGUGAUUUUUUAUUAGGAAACAUUACCGUCCAAGAAAUUAAAACUCGAAGGCCCAGAAAAGAAAAUGCCAAGCAAAGAAAUAAUUCGAACAAAUAUUUUUUUGAUAAAAAUGGUGUUAAAAAAGAAGUAUGCCAAAAUUUUUUCUGCAAAACGCUUUCUAUAUCGAAUAGCCCCAUAUUGCAUGCUUGUGGAAAUAAAGGAGAUGGUGGUGAAUAUGAUAGGCAGAAAGAUAAAACAGGUAAACAUAGACCUGGAAACAAAACUCCAGAGGCAGUGAUAAAAACGGUAAAAGAGCACAUCGAAAGUUUUCCAGCAGUAGAAAGCCACUAUACCAGAAAAAGCAGCAAACGGCAAUAUUUAGAUCCCAGCUUAGACAUUAUUAAAAUGCAUGAGCUAUUUGUACAAAUGUGUAAAGAUAAAAAUCUGCCAACUGUGUCCUCAAUAACUUACAGACGUAUUUUUUGUCAAAACUACAAUAAAUCAUUUUUCGUGCCCAAGAAAGAUCAGUGCAUGACCUGUUCAGAGUAUACAAAUGCUUCACUCGCCGAAAAACAAGACUUAGAGGAAAACUUUAGAUCUCACCUGGAGAGAAAGGAAGCUUCACAGUUAGAAAAAAAUAAGGACAAGCAAAAAGCUAACACUGACCCAAGCUUUUUAUCAAUAACAUGUGACAUGGAAAAAGUUUUGCAACUGCCAACUUCACAAAGAAGCUUAUUGUACUAUUUGCGAAAACUUAACCUUUACAUUUUCACUAUCUAUGAAGCACCAGUCCCUAAUGAUGCGUAUUGUUAUUUUUGGACCGAGGUUAGUGGUAAAAGAGGCAGUUGCGAAAUUGGUUCAUGCCUUUUUUUGUACAUAAAGAACCUUCGUGAAAAUGUUAAGCAUUUGACAGUAUUUUCAGAUACAUGCGGUGGCGAAAAUCGCAAUGUACAAAUAAGUGCUUUUCUCUUAUACACUGUGAAAAAUCAUCCGACUCUUGGGGUUAUUGAACAGAAAUUUAUGGAAAGUGAUCACUCCUACAUGGACGUUGAUAGUAUGCAUAGUGCUAUUGAAGAAGCUAAGCAAAAUUUGGAAAUAUUUAGCAUUCACGAAUACGAAAACGUAUUUAAAAUGAAACUAGUUCUACAAACAGUGUUUAAUAAGAAAAUUGACAAAGAAGGAAAAAGUGUUAAUUGGCUAGAAGUAAAGGCUUUUAAAUAUGACAAGCAAUACCCAAACUCCAUUUUCUAUAAGUACAAUUUUAUCGACGGUUACACAGAAAUUGACGUAAAUUUUGUCAAAAGAAGUUGCAGAAAAAAUAAAGAGACAGACAUACAGAUAGCACAACAAUAUUCAAAAAGGUUACCUAUUUCGAAAGCCAAGAAGAAGGAACUCUUGAAGCUUUGUGAUAAAAACAUUAUUCCUCACCAACUUCAGAAAUGGUAUCAAGAUUUGCCGUGUGCAGAAAAUGUUGUGGAUUCAACUGCAGAACCAGGUGUUGAAGACUCUGAUGUAGAGGAAGAUGAUUAA